ACUAGUUUAUGGGGGGGAUGGUGUUAAAGGCGGAGCUAUAAUCUAUGAAUAGCAUCCGCACAUAACUGUCCCGCUGGUCAAGGUGUGUCAGGGUGAAGUGGAGGGCCAGUGGCAUUGCGUCCUCCGUCGACCUGUUUGCCCUAUAGGCAAAUUGGUGGUGGUCUAAGGAGGGGGGGAUGCUGUUCUUCAAAUGUCCCAGUACCAGACGUUCGAAGCACUUCAUCACCACCUGUGUCAGCGCCACUGGCCGAUAGUCGUUGAGGGACCUGAUGGCUGAUUGUUUUGGCACAGGGAUGAUUGUGGCUGUCUUGAGGCAUGUUGGGACGGAGGCCUGCAGCAGGGAGGUGUUAAACAGGUCCGUGAGCACCGCAGUCAGCUCCCCUGCGCAGUGCUUCAGAACCCGCCCUGGUACUCCGUCAGGUCCGGUGGCCUUGUUGGGGUUGAUGUGCUGCAGGGUCCGUCUCACGUCGUGGGGGCUCAGAGUCAGCACCGGUGGUGUGGGGUCCCUGCUGUGCCCGUAUGUUGUCACUGCUGUCGGUGCAAUCAAACCUGGCAAAAAAACAGUUCAGGUCGUCAGGGAGGGAUGAGCUUUGUGCGUGUGUGGAGCUGUUGUAGCCGGUGAUGGUUCUGAUGCCCUGCCACACGUGUCGAGAGUCUGAGCUGUUAAAAUGCUCCUCGAUACGCUUCGUGUAGCGAUGCUUUGCUUCCCUGAUGCCCUUCCUCAAACUGGACCUUGCUGUUCUGUAGGCCUCUGCAUCACCUGAGUGGAAAGCUGCAUCCCGGGCCUUCAGCAGACCAGUUGGGACCCUUCUUUAGACUUGGGAACUGAGAAGCGGUCGAUGGGCUAUCGGUACCUGAAAUCUGGGUUGGGUCGGAACUGGGAGGUCAGGAACCGGAGUUGGAAGCCCCGAGGCACAUGAUGGAGGCGCAGGCAAGCACCGAGAAAACAAACGUGGCUGUGGACAGCGGUAGCUAGUCCGGGCUAAAACAUGGUUGGAGAGCAGGAGAAAUCACCGAAGGGGAGCAGUGAGAGAAACUCUUGCUGAACUCCCAUCUGAGAGAGGACGAGAACUUCUUCAAAGUUGGCUUUCGCUUUCCUUGAGGAGCUUCUUAAGCUGAUCCCUUUGUAACCAGUUUUGGCACAUUCUUCAAAUAGUGGUUCAUUCCAAAACUAAAAGCACGUGGAUUAACAACCUUGCAAGUUACUUUCACUUUCAUUUUCACUUGGGAACAAGUGAGUUUAGAGAGAGCAAAACCAGCCGAGAAGCCAUGGCAGAAGGGAGACAACAGGAGAUAGAAGCUGGUGAGAUGAUGGUUUCCCCAGAGAGUGUCGACGUCAGCUCUGAAGAUCUCCUGCUUAGCAUUCAGUUACCACAGCAACCUCAGGGAGAAAAGAAAAUCAAGAUCAAGAUCUCUGGAGAUGCUACGGGGUCACAUCUGUGUGAUGAAAUCAUGAACCGUUUACAGAAUACCAAAAGGGAGAAUGUGCAGUUGAUUUUCAAAGGGAAGGACCUGAAUUUGACCAAGACCCUCCGUGAACAAAACGUGAAGGACAAGGGGGUCGUUCGGUUCAUUCAGAUCAAUCAGGGUGAAAGAAGGCAGAUGGAUCUGACAUCCAGGAUUAUGAAAGGGGCAGAAAUACUGGCAAAGCGAGGUGAACAUUUUGAAGAGAAAUACUUAAACACUACAAACCACAGAGUUGAAAAUAUUGAUCUAGCUGAAGGUGAAAAAGUGGUUUUUCUAACGGCCUUGAUUCUGCAUGAGGUUGCCCGAUGGAAUAUGAAGAGGAAGGAUUAUAGACAAGCACUGAUGUUCCUGGAAUAUGCCGAGAAUUAUUUCAGGCAAUGUAGCCAGGAGCUGUUCAACAGUGUUGACAACUACGGAGUGCUGAAUCUAGACAUUACCUGGUGCUACCUGCAGCUGCAAGACAUUCAGCGCCUCGUGGAGGCCAGGGAAAGAUUAGAAAAUGCUGAGAAGUACUUCAAUCAAUGCUUUGGAAAAAAUCAGCAACGUCUUAAAGAACUGGAGGACAGGAGUGGGAGACACCGUAUACUGUUCCUACGUCUUCAGGUUAGCUGGGGAGUUUGGUUCUUCCUUAACCAAAAGCUGGAUCAAUCCAGGGAGGGCUUUUGUAAGGCAGAGGAGCUGUUGGAUCAGUUGCAGGUGGAUGACCUCUCAGUGACUGAGCUCGUGCAUCAAGGUUGCACCACCAGGGAGGCACGAUUAGGUCUGCGGGCUUCUGACGGCAACAUCGGGGAAGCCAAGUCAUACAUUGAAGAGAAGAGGCAGCAGCAAAAGGCAGCGGCACAGAGAAGAAGGGAAACGGUGCACAGGCCGAUAGGUGAAGGCCAUUCAGAUGACACUUGCUCUGAGAGGAACGGGACAUCUGAUCAGAUAAACCAGGUGGCGCAGAUCAAUAGCAAUUCUUCACCAGCUGCUGGAUCACUACAGCCUCCGAAUGGUGAAACCUCGUCUCCCAGCUCAACACCAGCCACGUCUGCAUCAACAGGUGCCCAAAGCAAUCGUGAGGACGAUGAAUUACUGAGAGAAAUCCUGACCUACCUGCCUAAUGAUAUUGAUGACUACAUCGACAUGUCCCUGGAGGAAGAGGAAGUCAUCGUCCGUCAGUACAAGUCCAACCUCCAUUAGAAGACUGUCUGAGGCACAGCCUGACCCAGGGAAUGGUGCACCAGCUGUAGGUUUACCAGAUGCCAAUCAAAGCCCCGCUCGCUGCGCAAUGGAAUGCAACAGCAAGUGAAGAUCUACAAACUCACACAGUAGUGACAUUUACUUUAUUCAACAAUAUUUUAUUUGUCACAUGUGCAACUGCACAGUGAAAUUACUUUUGCAUAUUUACACAUGCGGGCGCCACCAUAUGUUGGUGCCAUUUCCAUAGUCCAAAUUCCAGUCCGCCCGCAGCAGAGCGGUCUACCGGAGCGGAGCGGCUCCCGAUCCAGGUAAGGCCCAGGUUCCUGCAGAGCCUCCCUCCAUCACCCACGAUCAGCUCAGGCCUGCAAAACUACAUCCCUCUCCUCUCCCGGCCACCUUUGUGUCCCGGGGGCGCCCCCUGCAGCCGACCUUGAAGACGUUGGAGGCAUUACCCUGGUUCACCCUCCCACCAGCCCUUGCCCUUCGGGUCCGUCAUCUCCAAGUCAAGUCAAGUCAACUUUAUUUGUCACAUACACAUACAAGAUGUACAGUGAAAUGAAAGUGGCAGUGCUUGUGGGAUUGUGUAAAUCUACAGAACAGAAUAGAACAGAAUCAGUAUUUACAUGUUAGAAAAAAAACAAUUGUGAAAAGACACAACACAACAGUAAAUUACUGCUCCAGCAGCUCCCUUCCUGUUCCACGGCCCGCCAAGCCUUCGAGUCGGGUCCUCCGUGGCUUCCCAGUUCCGCAGCCCCAGUCUUUGUGCAUUCAAGUGCAAUCCCAACAGGAGGGAUGAUACAGACCUUCAGGGACAUGAUGUGGGGGUCUCACCAGUGUGUGUGAUCCAACUGAUGUGAUUGGGAAAUGUGUAUCAAGGAAUAAAGACUUAGCCUCUCAUUCUCUCUUUUUGUGUUAGAUUUCCAUCAUUAGCUACAAAUCUUGAAGUAUAUAAAUGCAUUGCAUGCAGCAGUAGUAUGGGUGUUUAUGUUGCUCGGCCAGUAAUUCAAAAGUCUGGGCUAGUGAUCCAGGAAUAAGGAUUUAAUAUAAGUGAUAGGAAGCUUAAUUCAGUUCAUUAUGAGCGGCAUUGAUAAGGUAGGCAGCCAAAACCUUUUUCCCCUAAGUGAAUGUCAAAAGACCAGUGAGCAUAGCUUUAAGAUCAGAGGAGGAAAGUUUAAAGAUGUGUGGGGCCAGUUUUUACACAGAACGUGGUGGGUGCCUGGAACGUGAUGCCAGGGAUGGUGGUGGUGGAGGCAGAUAUUAUAGUGGUGUUUUAAGAGACUUUUAGAUAGGCAUAUGGAUAUACAGAGGAUGGAGGACAUGCAGGCAGUGGAGAUUAGUUCAACUUGGCACUGACGUUGUUGACCUAUCCCUGUGUUGUGCUGUAAUAUGUCCUUUGUCUAACAUCCCAAGAAUGAUUAAAUAAACAAAUUCCCUUUCUUAAAGUCUUUGUGAAUGUUUCUCGAUGUAAAUGACAAUCUCACAUUUUCGACUCAACUCAACUCUCGGAUAUUUUCCCGAGAAUGAAUCGAUGGUCACAGAGCUCACUCCAGUUCAAAUCUGACACGUAUUUGAAGCAAACCCCCAGCAAGAGAUGUGAGGC